AUGUCUUCGUUGAGUGACCAAUUAGCUCAAGUUGCUUCCAACAAUGCUACUGUUGCGUUGGAUAGAAAGAGAAGACAAAAACUUCAUUCUGCUUCUUUAAUUUAUAACUCAAAGACGGCUGCAACACAAGAUUACGAUUUCAUUUUUGAAAAUGCAAGCCAGGCUCUUGAAGAAUUGAGUCAAAUCGAGCCAAGGUUUGCCAUUUUCUCAAGAACUCUCUUUUCAGAGUCUUCCAUUUCUCUUGAUAGAAAUGUCCAAACAAAAGAAGAACUUAGAGAUUUGGAUAAUGCCAUCAAUGCGUAUUUGCUAUUGGCUUCUUCCAAGUGGUAUUUAGCGCCUACAUUACAUGCAACGGAAUGGUUAGUUCGUCGUUUUCAAAUCCAUGUUAAAAACACAGAAAUGCUGCUUUUGUCCACUCUAAAUUACUAUCAAACUCCUGUCUUUAAGAGAAUUCUCAGCAUUAUCAAACUGCCCCCCUUGUUUAAUUGUUUGUCCAAUUUCGUUAGAAGUGAAAAUCCCCCAACAGGCCUGACCAUGGUAAAGCUCUUCAAUGACAUGGAUUUCCUGAAACUUUACACUAAUUAUCUGGAUCAAUGUAUUAAGCAUAAUGCAACGUAUACUAACCAGCUUUUAUUUACAACAUGCUGCUUUAUCAACGUCGUUGCUUUCAAUUCCAACAACGAUGAAAAACUAAACCAGCUUGUUCCAAUCUUACUUGAAAUUUCAGCUAAACUUUUAGCCUCUAAAUCAAAAGAUUGUCAAAUAGCUGCACAUACGAUAUUGAUUGUAUUCGCUACUGCCUUACCUUUAAAGAAAACAAUUAUUUUAGCUGCCAUGGAAACCAUUCUUUCAAACUUAGAUGCUAAAGAAGCGAAACAUUCAGCACUUCUCACAAUUUGUAAGCUUUUCCAAACAUUAAGAGGGCAAGGUAACGUAGAUCAACUACCCUCCAAAAUUUUCAAGUUAUUCGAUAGCAAGUAUGACACUGCAUCUGUCCUGUCUUUCUUAGAUAAGGAAGAUAAACCAGUCUGUGAUAAAUUCAUUACCUCCUAUACUAGAUCCAUUGCAAGGUAUGACCAAUCCAAAUUGAGCAUUAUUCUCAGCUUAUUGAAAAAAAUAAGACUAGAAAGAUACGAAGUUAGAUUGAUCAUCAUUGAUUUAAUUCAUCUUUCUGAAAUUUUAGACGAUAAGUCACAAUUGGUGGAAUUAUUCGAAUAUUUCACCUCUAUCAAUGAAGAUCUGGUGCUAAAAUGUUUGAGAUCAUUAGGAUUAACUGGCGAACUCUUCGAAAUAAGGCUGACUACAUCUUUAUUCACCAAUGCCGAUGUUAACACCGACAUUGUAAAGCAAUUAAGCGACCCUGUGGAGGUCUCUAAAAAGGAUACGGCUUCAUUCCAAGCAUUCUUAGAUAAACAUUCAGAAUUUAUCAACACAACAAAUAUGUCCAUGCUAGCAGAAACUGGAGAAAGAUAUAAAAAGGUUUUAUCCCUAUUUACUGAAGCUAUUGGUAAAGGUUAUCAAGCAAGUUCUUUUUUGACUUCCUUUUUCACUACUUUAGAAUCAAGAAUAACGUUCUUGUUAAGAGUUACUAUAUCUCCAGCCGCUCCAACCGCACUAAAGCUAAUAUCAUUAAACAAUAUUGCAAAAUAUAUUAACAGUAUUGAAAAGGAAGCUAAUAUUUUUACUUUAGUUCCAUGCCUGAUUUGUGCUCUGCGAGAUGCCUCCAUAAAAGUCAGGACUGGCGUAAAGAAGAUUCUUUCCUUGAUAGCUAAAAGACCAUCCACAAAGCACUAUUUUUUAUCUGAUAAACUUUACGGAGAAAAUAUUGCCAUUCCUAUGUUAAAUCCCAAAGAUAGUGAAGCCUGGUUAUCAGGGUUUUUGAACGAGUACGUCACUGAGAAUUAUGACAUAUCCAGAAUAUUUACGCCAAAGAGAAAUGAAAAGGUCUUUUUGUUGUUUUGGGCCAAUCAAGCCUUGCUGAUACCUUCUCCGUAUGCUAAGACAGUGUUGUUGGAUAAUCUGAACAAAAGUUCGACUUUUGCAUCUUCCUACUCUUCUUUGUUCGAAGAAUUUAUUUCCCACUACUUGGAAAACAGAUCUAGUUGGGAAACAAGUUGUAUUGCUAAUAAAGCAAAUUUUGAACAUUUUGAGCGGUCUUUAGUUAAUUUGGUAUCACCAAAGGAGAAGCAGUCAUUUAUGGUCGAUUUUAUUCUCAACGCUCUAAACUCGGAUUAUGAGCAAUUAGCUAAUAUCGCUGCCGAGAGGCUUAUCAGCAUAUUUGCUUCAUUGACUAAUGCUCAAAAACUAAAAGUUGUCCAAAAUAUGGUGGAUUCUUCGAGCAGCGUGGAAUCAUCGUACGACACAGUCGGUGUGCUACAAUCGUUGCCGCUAGAUUCUGAGAUUUUUGUAUCCAUACUGAAUCAAAACAGUAUCAGUAACGAAAUGGAUCAGACAGACUUUUCCAAAAGAAGGAGAAGACGCUCAUCGACGAGUAAAACCGCAUUUUUGAAAGAGGAGGUUUCCCAACUAGCAGAAUUGCACUUGAGAAAAUUGACGAUUAUUUUGGAAGCACUUGAUAAGGUCAAAAUUGUUGGGUCCGAAAAGCUUUUGUCCACUCUACUUUCCUUAUUAUCAGAUUUGGAAACUUUGGAUCAAGACGGUGGAUUGCCGGUUUUGUAUGCGCAGGAAACUUUGAUUUCUUGUAUGCUGAACACAAUUACGUACUUGAAGGAACAUGGCUGUACAGAACUAACCAACGUAAGGGCAGAUAUAUUGGUAUCCGCCAUCAGAAAUUCAGCUUCUCCGCAAGUCCAAAACAAACUAUUACUUGUGAUUGGUUCUCUCGCUACUUUAAGUUCGGAAGUUAUUUUGCAUUCUGUGAUGCCUAUCUUUACUUUCAUGGGGGCCCAUAGUAUUCGUCAAGAUGACGAAUUUACCACUAAAGUUGUUGAGCGUACCAUACUAACUGUUGUUCCUGCCUUGAUUAAGAAUAGUAAAGGAAAUGAAAAAGAAGAAAUGGAGUUUCUCUUGUUGAGUUUCACAACCGCUUUGCAACACGUCCCAAGGCAUAGAAGGGUCAAACUAUUUUCUACAUUGAUCAAAACACUUGGUCCGGUCAAGGCGUUGGGUUCUUUCCUUUUCUUAAUCGCACAACAGUAUUCUUCAGCUUUAGUCAACUUUAAAAUUGGCGAGGCAAGAACAUUAAUUGAAUUUAUCAAGGCCUUACUCGUUGACCUACAGGUCAGGGAGGAGUUAUCAGGUUUGAAUGACUUACUCGAUAUUAUCAAAUUGCUGACAUCAUCAAAGAGAUCCUCAGAAAAGAAAAAAUCACUAGAAUCUCGUGUUUUGUUUUCAAAUGGUAUCUUAAAUUUUUCAGAAAGUGAAUUUUUGGCCUUCGUCAACAACACUUUUGAACUUAUCAAUAAAAUAACUGAGGAGACCGACCAAGAUUAUUACGAUGUGAGGAAAAAUUUACGAUUAAAGGUAUAUUCCAUUCUUUUGGAUGAAACAAGCGAUCGGAAGUUAAUUGAAAAGAUCAGAGACGAAUUUGGAACCUUUUUAGAGAGUAUUCUUUUUUUCAUCAACUCCGUAGAAUUAACCUUUUCAUGCAUAACUUCCCAAGAAAACGAGGAAGUCUCUGACUCUGAAACAUCAUUUUCAGAUCACACCACUGAAAUAAAGGAGAUCCUAUUGAAGGUGCUUGGCAAUGUGUUACAAAUUUUACCAGUGGACGAGUUUGUUAACGCGGUAUUACCUUUACUAAAUACCUCCACUAAUGAAGACAUUAGAUACCACCUGACGUUGGUAAUUGGGUCCAAAUUUGAGUUGGAAGGCUCUGAUGCUAUCCCCAUAGUGGACGAUGUAUUGAAGGUUUUGCUUGAAAGAAUGCCUUUGGAAUCUAAGUCUGUUGUUAUUUCUCAAGUAAUAUUAAACACAAUAACGGCUUUGGUAAGCAAAUAUGGUAAGAAGCUUGAUGGGUUUAUAUUAACUCAAGCUCUUACCCUUGCUACUGAAAAAAUCAGCUCUGACAUGACAGAAGUCAAGAUAUCCUCGUUGGCUUUGAUAACUAACUGUGUUCAAGUAUUAGGCGUCAAAUCAAUUGCAUUCUACCCAAGGAUAGUCCCUCCUUCUAUUAAACUAUUUAAUGCUUCAUUAGAGGAUAGCAGCAACCCAUUAAAGGAGCAAUUGCAGGUUGCUAUACUGCUGUUGUUCGCAGGUCUAAUCAAAAGCAUUCCAAGUUUCUUGAUGUCAAAUAUUCUGGAUGUUUUGCAUGUUAUUUAUUUUGCCCGUGAGGUUGACACCAGCAUUAGGCUAUCAGUGAUUUCACUGAUCAUUGAACAUAUUGAUUUGAAGGAAGUUUUGAAAGUUUUAUUCAAAAUUUGGUCCGCUGAAAUAGCAACAUCCAAUGAUACGGUUGCCGUUAGCCUAUUUUUGAGUACAUUAGAAUCCACUGUUGAAGGUAUUGAUAAAAAAUCUGCGACUUCACAAUCGCCUAUAUUUUUCAAGUUAUUACUAUCUCUAUUCGAAUUCAGAUCUAUUUCGAGUUUCGAUAAUAAUACAAUUAGUAGGAUAGAAGCUUCCGUUCACGAAAUUGCCAACUCUUAUGUCCUGAAGAUGAAUGACAAAGUAUUUAGACCGCUGUUUGUUAUAUUAGUAAGAUGGGCAUUUGACGGUGAAGGCGUUACAAAUACAAGUAUUACUGAAACAGAAAGACUGUUAGCUUUCUUCAAGUUUUUCAAUAAGCUUCAAGAAAAUUUGAGAGGUAUAAUUACUUCCUAUUUCACGUAUUUGUUAGAACCUGUUGAUAUAUUACUGAAGAGGUUCAUUAGCAAGGACAUACAAAAUGUUAACUUAAGACGUCUAGUAAUCAACUCUUUGACAUCUUCACUAAAGUUUGAUAGAGACGAAUAUUGGAAGUCAACCUCCAGAUUCGAAUUAAUUUCUGGAUCCAUAGUCAAUCAAUUAUCCAAUAUAGAAAACUCUAUUGGGAAGUAUUUAGUCAAGGCAAUUGGCGCUCUGGCUUCUAAUAAUAGUGGCGUUGAUGAGCAUAACCAAAUUCUGAAUAAGCUGAUUGUUGAACACAUGAAAGCUUCCUGUUCCUCCACUGAAAAACUAUGGGCUGUUAGAGCCAUGAAAUUGAUAUACUCUAAGAUAGGUGAAAGUUGGUUAGUUCUCUUGCCACAACUUGUUCCCGUCAUUGCCGAGUUAUUGGAAGACGAUGAUGAAGAGAUUGAACGCGAAGUCAGGACCGGUUUAGUCAAGGUCGUCGAGAACGUUUUAGGGGAGCCUUUUGAUAGGUAUUUAGAUUAA